CGCUGUGGGCCGGGCCUGCGCGAUCACCGCCGCUUGUAACUCUUUCUUUACUUUGAAGUUCACAAGUUGUUGAACUUUUUCUACGAGCGGCACUUCAGUGGCAUUUUUUAAUGAGCUUCGUGCGUUCCGUUUUCUAACAAGAUGGCUCGGAUCUGACCUGUGAACGUAUUGACGCUUGGUGACGCGCAAUGGCUCCUUUCGGCAAAAACUUUCUGAAAGCGCGUUUGAAGAACAGCAGGUCUAAGACUGCACAGGAGACACCAGGAAAGGAAAUCCAGGUGAGAGUGUGUCAAGAAGAAAAAAUAGUCUGCGGUGUGACCAAGCACACGACCUGUGCCGACCUGGUUGAGGCUUUAUUGGAGGACUACAAGACUAUCCCCGAAAGUAAGAGGCUCCUACAUGGAGAACCCAAAGACUUUUGCAUCCUGGAACGGUGGAAGGGAUUUGAGAGAGCUCUGCCACCUCUCACUCGAAUCCUCAGAUUAUGGAACGCUUGGGGUGAUGAAAGACCUUUCAUACAGUUCGUUCUUGUGAAAAUAAGCGAUUUUGUGCCUUCAUCCAAGGGAGCCAAGAGGGCUUCAAGAUCUCGAGGAGCUAGGUCGCGGAGACUGGACCAGGGACCUGCGCAGUAUGCCAAGACCGUGACUGCGGAAAAGCAGAAGCGCAUGGUGAAGAAGGCUUUCCGCAAACUGGAAAAGAUCCAGAAAGGAGAUACAUCAGAGGGCUCUGAGGAGAUCAGCAAGUUGGUGCGGUUGAUCAUCUCCCAGGACCAGACCAUGCGACAGCAGAUACAGCAGAUGCGUGAGCUGGACUUGGAGAUUGAACAUUUGGAGCGACAGGUGAAAAGCAGCCCCACACCUCCCUCCAGCCUCACCGAGUGUGAAGAUGGACAGGCAUCGCCCCUGUUCCUGUCUGAAUUUGACAGCCAGAUGCAGGAGUAUUUUAACACCAGUGACGGAAUAGAGCAACUAGACCUACACAUUUGCAGACACCAAGAACUCAUUGAUCGGCUCUCUCGAGAUAUCGACCUGGAGCUGAGGAGCAAUGCUUGGACCCUCGAUUCAGACGAGUUGAAAGGGGCAGCAGCGGCAAGCCCAGAACCGGAGCUGGGAUUUGACCUUUCUCUAUCCUCCUCAGAUCUUUUGGAGUUGGAAAGAUUACGCAAUGAACUCGAGUCAAGCAUGAGAGCCGGGCUUUCGCUCCAUUCCCAAGCACAAGACAUCGAGAAGGAACUGCAGCAGAACAAUACAGCCUUACAGUCACAGAACCAAGAAUACCAGCAUCUUGUUGCCCAAUUCGGUACACUGGAGCUGGGGACCUGUCCUGACCAGCCUGUAUCUUUAAAGAGCCAGAACAGGGCUGCUGUCUCUCAGCAGACAUCAGGCAAGAUCAGACAAACAUGCGCACCCACAGACGCAACAGACACGGACUCAGAUACAGGAAUAAGCUCUACUCACAGUCAAGACUCGCUGUCGCCGUGUGUGGACAGACCACCUCCUCUGGAUACUGAUGUUUAAAUAAUCUGAGGAUUUAAUGAGCAUCUGAACAACAUUAUUAUGCUGUUACAGUUAUAUCAUGUUAUAGUGCAGCUACAUACUGUAUAUAUGAAAACUGAAUUCAUUUUAUUUUUAUGCACUUAAAGCUCAGAUUAAAUAUGGAAAUAUGCUAAUUUUGCAUUAAGCAUAAAAAGCACAAACAAACCCACACUGAAUAUUCAUGAAUCUUAAAUUAGAAGUAGAGGUGCACCGAUUGACCGGCAAGAGAUCGGAAUCGGACGGUUUUUCGUAUGAUCGGCCCGGUCAGUCUCACGUGAUGCGGGCAAGAACGUCACAGCCGUCAGUACACUCAAAGCCGCAAGUAAACAUGUAAACGUGCGCGCGCACAGCCUGUCUUUCACGGCUCGUUUAUACUCGCAUGUGCGUACCGCGAGUCUCUGCUGACUGACGCGCAUCUCUCACAUCCGCUGACUGCACGCGCGUGCACACGCAUCAUGUACUGUACAGACUGUAGUUCAUCUCUCGCUGCUCCGUCUACAUGGGGGUAUGUAUGCCAACAGUGAUGCUAUUAGCAUCAUGCUAAACUCUGACACAUGCUAAACUCAUGUUGACGUCGUUCACUCUGUGUAAAACAAACGUAAAUUCCAUUCAACCUGAUUCCUUGUCUUACAUUAAAACUGUGGUCAUUUCACGUAGGUAAAAUGACAUUCAACACGACUUCUACUUGUUUUAAAAAAUCCAAAAUAUAAAAAAUGAAUAAAUCAACCAAUAUAUGUGAUAUAUAUCUGAUUGAGUUCUUUACUAACACAAAAAACUGCAAAUACAUAUACAUCUUUAGAGUAGAAUUCACUCAUAAGAUUUUUUAACUUUUUUAUUGAAGUUGCAGCAAAAAUCAACCCACUUUUAAUCCUACAGACAAGAUAAAGACAAUUUAUUUUACAUUUCAGAAAAAAUGAAAUAAAGCAAUGUUAGUUUCAUAAACGGAAACACGAGAAUAAAGUUGAAGUAUUUUAUUGUUAUCUUAGACUUUUGUGAGAUGAGUACAAAAAUGAAAAAGGUAAAUUAAGUGACAUGUUUGGUUAUAUUUUAUUAUUUGUACUUCUUUUCAGUCACAGAGUUCUUCAAUUUAAGAGUUGUUUGGGAAAGAGAAGAUUCUGUAAUUUAAUGCAGCUUGGAGAACUGCAUUUAGGGAAAUUUGGGGAAAUUGUAAUGUUCAAUCAUUUAUUCAAUGAAAAUAAAAAAAACGUGUAUUGAAGAAAAGUUAAUAUGGUUUUAUAUACAGUAUACUGUCAAUUAUAGUUUGUGGAUAGAAAAUCGGAAUCGGCAAAGAAAAUUGCAAUCGGUGCAUCUCUAAUUAGAAGGUAUCUUAUUAGCAUUCAUUUGAAAUUGACUUGUAUGCAACUUUAUGUAAUACACAUGCACAUACUUUAAAUUAUGCAAACAAAAAAACCUUGUAAAUAUUUAGGAAUCAACACAUUUAUCUAGAAAUAAUAUGUGCUUAAAUCGAAUUGUUUUACAUUAAAACAACAUAUGGAUUAUUUAUGAGCUUUACUUUUGAUCUUUUCGCAGAAAGACUGGUAAAAUGUACAUAAACAGGAUUGCACAGAGUGCUUAAUAUAGAGCUAUAUCAUUUCUCCUGAUGCAUAAUUUAUUUGCUGUACCUUUUAAAUAUUUUAUUUUAUGCAAAAAGUACUAUAUACAAAUGUUUUAUCGUGUUCUCUCUCACAAUAGCCUUUUAGCAUAGCAUUGACAUUUCCCUCAUGUUUUUGCAAUACGAGAUAUUAUCAACAUUCUUUUGCGGUGCGGCACGAGAUAACUUGUGGUCUCACGUUCUUUUCACAGCUAAAGUGGGUUAAAGCGGCACUUAGAGAAAGAACUCGUUCUUACGCUGAUAGAAUCACGAAUGAGGAAUAUUUUAAUUCUAAUGGGAAAACCUUGCAUUUUAGUCAGUGCCAGUAAGACAUUUGAUUCCUUUCGCUUCAGAUAAUUGCCUCAUUCUUUAAAAUCUAAGCCAGUCCUGUUCAAGUGUGGUUUCAUUGCCAGGUCGCAUACAGUUUUAGAGUUCCUGAACGAUGACUACGUGUUGCCCUGUUGUCGCACAGCAUGACUCAUAACAAACGUUUAAAAAAAUGUAGUAAUGCACAACGAAUGGCUUUUAAAUGUUGCAUUAGGCAGCUAACCUUGGUUUUUCAAAGUGUUUGCUUCACUGGGUCCUUCUGCGCUGUGUGUCGCACUGAGAUAAUAGCCGAAUCCCCCCCCCCCAUUGGCUCUUAUCCAGUACUACACAACCUGUAGGGUGCAGACAAUACAUCUUUAAUGUACUGCCAGUACCGUGACUUGUUUACUGCCACCGUCAUUUCACAAGACACCAGAGGGCUGCCAGGACUCCGGCUGUAAUUACCAGGGGCGAAAACGGCAAUUACUGACUUUUAUCUUCGCUGCUGCUGUGGCAGUAUUUCCAGCGCUAACAAUUAAACUGGACAAAUCUUGUAAACAGCCCUUUGAGGUUGUGUCAGGCAGCUCCCACAUGAUGAACUUUUAAUGGGGACGUUGGUGUCCGUUCCGACGGUUCGCCUAAAAUCGGUGGCACAUGGGUAGGUAAUUUUACCUCCCCAAGGGUAUCUUGUAACAAGACACUUGUAUUUUCCUUCACUAAAUCAAGGAGCAUGUCCAACUGGCAUUGCAUAAACACGUGAUUUGUUUUUUCCACAAGUGACGGGAUUAUUUUAAACGCACAAGAAAAAUAAUUCACAAUCUUCAAAAUUGGAUUAUUUUAUCCGUCUGCCUUGACUGGUUGUCUUUUCCUUCCUUCAGGUCAAUGAUUUGUAUGUGCAUUUUGCUCUCAUACGCAUCAAUGAAUUUUAAACUUGUACCAAAAGUCUAAUAAAUAAUUGUAGA